UACCCAAUAUCAUCAUAAAAUUUUCAGAAAUUUCCUUUAAAAUCUCACACAAUAAAUAAAAUCACGAUGUCAGAUGGGGAAGCAGAAUUUUUCAAUGAUAAUCGUCCUCACAAAUUAGUCCUUGGCGAAAGUUUCAAAAGAAAUUCGAACAGCGCUUUCCACAUGAUGCGAUACGACUUCAAGCCGGCGUCUGUCGACAAGAACCAAGCAGGACAAUUGGAAGUUGGUGACACAAAUGAGGUGACGGUCUCAUUGCCGCAUAUGGUCGGCUCGAAGACUCCCUGUACGGUUUAUAAAGGUUCGAAGAAACCUGCACAGAAAGAUUGUGUGUUGAUCUUCGACCACAAUACUGGAGAAUUCACAUUGGAAAGGAUUUCGUCGCAAAUUCAAGUUAAGAAGACAAGGGUCGCUGGCAACAACAGUAACAACUUCUCAAGUCACCCAGUUCUUGCUCCGGGUCCGCCAAAACUUCCGAAAACACUUUUGUCAUCAAAGAACCAACAAAAGAGCUCGUCUUCAAAUAAAUCCUUCACUAGUAGGAAAAUGGAAGCCUCGAAAAGGAAAAACAACGAGAGCGGGAAUACAUCCGCACAAGAUAUAAAUCCUCCCCAACUGCCAAAAUCUGUCGAGUCAUCUCCCCCACAGAAUCUGCUUAGUCAUGCUCCUGAAAAGCAGCAAGAACCUGUUGGGAGUAUGUAUAGUAUUAGUACUGAUGAUAGUCAUUCUAGUAGUUCUAGUGAUAGUGAUAGCAGUGAUGACGGAGAUUCUAGUGGAGAAGACAACGCCCCUUCCCCGCCCCCUGUUGCUUCCAAACCACCUGUCACUCAAAGCCAACUACACGAGGAUUUGGAACUCAGUGAAUCUGGCUCUGAUUCAGACUGAUUUAUAACUGACUGACUGCCAGAAUUUUUACAUUUUAGUUAGGUAAAGAUGAUUCUGCCAUUUCUGGAAGCUUAUUGCAAGGCGUUAAUGCCUGACUGACGGAAUUUUAACACUUUGGUUUGGUCACAGUUAUUCUGCUUACAUCGGAAGUUGACAAAUCAUAAUCAAAUUGAUUAUUUUUGUCCCCGACUUACAGCAUUUCUGAAUGCUGAUCAGGAUAACAUUAUUCUGCCAGUUCUUAUUGGAUACCGAAGUAUUUUCUGUAAUAAUCCGGCCCGCCGAGUACUUCAUCUUCCUACAUCUGGCCCGCCAACUAGAGAAGUUGCCAACCCCUGAUUUAACCCAAUGACUUCCGUCCAAUCUCUGAUAUAUUUAUUUUUUCUUUACUGCUGCUAUUUGUGUUUUACUGGUGUAAGGAAAUCAUGUCAAUCUCCAAAUUUAAAAGAAUUUGUUCAAAGCAAAACUUAUUUUUUAAAUGAAAACCUAUUUAUCAUUAUUUUGUCUAAUUUUCUCAUGAAUUAUUUGAAAUUCUCAUCGGUUGAAUAUAUCUGAUUUUAUUUUGUUGAUAAAAUCUCGUUAUCAACUUUCCUCUCCACAAGAUAAUUAUAAAAUCCUUAUCUUAUCUAUAUUUUAUCUUCCAAAGUUCUUAGAAUUUUCAAAUUUUUUGUGAACUUUCAAGUCAUUCCGUGAAAUGUUAUAUUUAAUAUAUUUUUGUUUGUAUUUUUGUUCUCUAGAAAAUUAUAGUA